CCUUCGACAACUCUACCUUGGAGCCCGUAGUACAAUACAACAUACCCAACGCCACCCAACUUUCCCUCCUCAUGGCAACACCACCGGUAGUUCUAGUGACGGGUGCUACAGGAUUUAUUGGUUCACAUACUGUUCUGGAGUUAAUUCGACGAGGUUACCGCGUCAGAGGGGUGUCGCGCUCACGCGAAAAGUCCGAAGAAUGGAAUGCCUUGUAUCCUCAACAGGCGACGUAUAUCGAAUGGGUAACAAUAUCUUCAAUAGUCGAUUCGGAUUCACUCGACCGCGCCUCUAUAGGCGUUGAUUAUAUCAUUCACACAGCCGCACCAUUCACACUUGACUUCGAGUACAACCUCGAAGACAUGCUGGUUCCAUCGGUAGUCGGCACUCGCAACAUCAUGCGAGUGGCUUCAAAACGACCAAGGGUGAAACAUGUCGUGAUUGUGAGCAGCCUUGCCGCGGUGGUCGACUAUCGGGAGGGAUUGAACCCAGAAAGGCAAUAUACCCCGAACGACUGGGCACCCGCGAGCUGGGAGGAAGCAGCACGUACGGAUGACUCUACAUAUGUAUGGACGGCAUCGAAGAUUUUUGCCGAACGCGCCGCAUGGGAUUUCCUCCAACAGGAAAAGCCACAAUUUUUCAUAACGACAUUUUGUCCACCCGUUAUUCUCGGACCUCCCGGACAGCCUUACGAUGACUUCGACGAGCUCAACCAGUCACUUCAGCAGCAGUGGUCGAUAAUCAAUGGGGAAGCCGCUGCCAUUCCACGCGCAUUUUUUCCUGCUUCGGUGGACGUUCGUGACGUUGCCAGACUGCAGGUUCUCGCUCUUUCCACCCCACGAGCCCGGAACCAGCGGUACAUCCCCAUUUCAUCCCCUUUCACUAAUGGCCAUGCCGCAGCCAUUGUUCGCCGCGGCUUCCCCGACCAGGCACGACGAGUAACACCGGGCCCCGACGACGCUCCUCCUCGCUUCCAAGUCGAUACCAGCCAGCUGAUGCGAGAUUUCCCAAUAGAGUGGAUACCCUUGGAACGCACUCUUCUGGAUCUUGCCGCUGCGUUAUACCAGAAGGAAAGUCAACUACAAGAAAGCGGAUAAUCAGGACGACAUCUGUGUUUGUCAAUGUUUCGCCGUCACCAGUACGCAUCUGAUUACGAUUAUAUAUGAUCGGCCACCCGGUCGAAUAGACGCAUGUGUUAUUUAUAGCCUGCAAGCAUUGUAUUUCAUCUAAUUAUUUU